ACAUUUUUAUUUGUUACCAUUUCUGAAGAUGAUCUUCAGAAUUUCAAAAACGACCAUCAUCACAAUUCGUUUGUUAAACUCUUGAAUUGUCUUAGUUUUCUCAGACGAUUAUCCACUACGAAACGCAAAAUUCCCGAGGAUUUCAUUUCUUCGUCGGUUAAAAAACAAUAACAAAUCCCUUAUAAACGGGACUCCUUCGGUCGUCGGAUCAAGCGAAACGCCACGAUCCGAGAAUCAUUUUGACGUGCUUUGCCCUCUUGUCGACCCUAUCGAUAGUGUUAUUGACCAAAAACCUCUGGAAUAUCUCUAUAUUGUCGACGUACACAAAAAUGAUCACGAGAGGGACGCUCAUGGCGAGUCCGCACAUCAAAGUCAUCGAUCGGCAAGAAAAGCGUUUACCUUCAACAUGGCAGUCCUGAUCGACUUCCGGCAAAAUCAUGAUCUGACGUGAUUUCAACCUGAUAACACCUGGCAUAGCCUCUUGCAAGUAUUUGUCGCGGUUUACAAGCUUCAACCGCUUUUCAUAUUAUUCAUAAAUAUCGCCCACAGCUGUUUUAUUUUGUUUCCUUUUAAAUAAUACUUGUCAUAAACCAUAUUGGAAGUUGCCCGUCGUCAUUGUUUAUAAAUGGAAGAGAGUAGUUCGGAAAAAGAACCUUUAGUGGAAGAGGGCGAAGUACCCUCCAGCGAGGGACAAGUCGAAGAAGAGGACUUUGAUAUUUAUAAAGGUUUCGACAUUGAUGAACCUUUUGACACAAACUGCACAGAUAACGACGAGGAAUGGAGGAUUUUCAACUUAUCUGUGGAAAACGGCGAAGAAACUAAAUCGCUUGAUAACAAAAGCGCUGGAAAAGAAUCGAAGGAUUCAGCCUCCGAAUCAGCCUCCGAGCUGAAGAUGAGCCGCGGGGAAGCGGAAGCGAAAAGAGAAGAAACGUCCAAAAUGAAGAGUCUCCUGGAUUCCAACCACAUCCCUUCCCUUAUGUCGCUGAAGACGGAGCCGCCGGAAUACUAUACGAGCAGGAGGCAGGAGCGAAAGUAUUACGGGCACAAAUGGCGAAAUUCGCGUAGCCGAGAAUACGACCGAGGGAGUCCGUACAGAAAUAGAAAAGAGAGCUACGAGGGGAGGCAACAGUUUUACGACAGGAGGAACAAGCCAAGGAUUUCUGAUUCGCGAUUUAAAUAAAAUAAAAAAACGAAUACUGUAUAAAUGUAAACAGUACUUUAAGCAACACAUUGUUUCUUCAAAUGUUUCUGUAUUGAUUAAAUGCGCCUGUUAAUGGUUUUUCUCCAUGGA